UACCAUAAAAUAUAUGAUGUAAAGCAAAUUACACGAUUUGAAUUUUCAGUAAACGCAAUUGUCGGCUUGUCAACUAAGCUGAGCUAAAAGUGGGGAAGAAAAUGUACGCAAGUUCUUAUUAAUAGGAGGUUUUCAAGAUCUAACAGUUGACAUCAAACUUGAAACUGGUUCAGUGCGCUGAAUAUUUUCCUUCACUAGUUUUUUCUAUAUUAGGAGUGCAUUUUACACAAUCGUUGCCAGGAUCUGUGUCACUGAAAUCAAAUAAUUCAACCUGCGAAGAUUUUCAAUUUUUGAAUAUGGAAGAAACAUAUUCCAAUUACGUGAAAAUAUCACCAGUAGCAACUAAACGAAACAGUGGGAUAGCUGUUGAACUACUAUUAGUAGCAUCAAGUUUCACUUUAUUAACAUGGUUUGCACAGUUACUUUGGAGGAGGAGGAAGUUAUAUAAAUCUUCUAGUGAACUACCUGGACCAAUCGCUUUUCCGCUGAUAGGAUGUGCUUUGAGCUUCAUCGGUAGUCCAUAUACUAUAUUCGCCAAUAUCACAAAAAUGUUUGACAGUUAUCCAGGACUUUUCAGAGUGUGGUUUGGUCCCCGCUUGUUCUACGCCGUAUCGGAUCCAAAAUAUUUUGAAAUUCUUCUUCCAACGUGUUUGAGGAAGGAGCCUUUGUAUCAUCAUGCAAACGUUAUUGUCGGCCAUGGUUUAUUUACUGCACCCGUUGAUAUAUGGAAGAAACACAGAAAGUUGAUAGCCCCAACUUUUCAUCAAAAAAUUUUGGAUAAUUUUGUGGAGGUAUUCGCCGAACAAGGUGCAAUUCUGGUCGAUCAGCUGAAAAAAUAUUCUGGAAAAGGUGAAUUCGACUUAUUCCACGUAAUUUCGAAAUGCACGUUGGAUAUUAUUUGCGAAACAGCUAUGGGGGUUAAAGUGAAUGCCCAAACGACUGAUGCUUUGUACACAAAAUGGGCUGACAGAAUCAUGGAAAUUAUUUUCAUGAGAAUUUUCGUCAUAUGGUACCACUUUGAUUCGGUUUUCAAUAUGACGUCAAUGGCUACAGAAUGCGGAAAAAUUAUCAGGAACAUGCACCAGUUUUCCGGAAAG